AAUAAUCGCGACACGUAGCGCUUUUAUUUUUUCCGUACGGAAAUUUCGCUGUAAUGUGUACAGUAGUAUUUAAAUGUAUGAAUUUCGAUAAUGCGAAAAUUCCGCUGCGGAUAUUCCGCAAGUGUGACACCGGCCUGAAAAAACGGGUUCUGUAUUUUAAAAAGAGGCCAGUACGAAGAAAAAUUAUUCGUACACCUAAAAAAGUCGCUGCUAUCGGGGCUGCAUCAUAGAGUCCAAGACGUUCUGUACGAAAAAAUGCGUUAUCGUUAAAUUUAUCUAUCAUGUCUCGAGGACAUGAUUUUUAAAAAAUAAAUGUUUAUUUAUUGAGACCAGAUAGAUGUCGCUCCUCGAAUAACAUGAAAAUACGCGGGUGGCAUCCCCAAGUCGGCAGUCUGUCGCCACCGUCCUUACUAAAAAGCCGGAAAACGUUCAUUGUACUGCUUGUAAUAAUAACGGUAUGUGUAAAUAUUUUUUUGUAUAAUGUUAAGUUCAUACUAUUUAAGUGUAUGUUGAGUCAUCUAGUCCAAAUGAAUAAGAUUGAAAUUGACAAAUAAUUUAGAUCAAUCGAUAUUUCAGUGUUCCAGUAAAGAAAUAUGUUUUGUCCAUAAAUAUUUUGGAUUGAAGACUUGAAAUAUUAUUCAUUUGGGACAGAUCGGAGGAUGGUACUUACAGGAGCAGUGCGGUUUUGGUGGUGGUCUGCACUGAUCCUCGCUCUGGUCGCCACCGACACUCGUGGCUGGACACCUCGGAACGGGUCGCGUAUACAGAUAAACAGCCGGCCGGUGGACGUGUCACAGACGGUGUUCGGUCAUGGCCGGGGCCAGAGCUCUAUCAAGCUGGGAGUGCUCAAGAAUCGGCUCAAGGAACCGGUGCAGUUGUCCACCACGCCGGUGGCAACCACCACCAGCACGGAGCGAUUUCGUCGUCAGCAGCCCACCGUGCCACGGAUCAUGGCACGUCGCCAGCACCAGAAUUUGACUGUCGGCCUAGUGCUUCCGUAUAAAUCGUUCGACACACGAGUCUAUACCAAGGCGUUCACGUCGGCCAUAAGUGGGUUGCAGCGUAACUUCAAGUCAAGGAAAACCAACAUAUUUAAGAACUACGAAAUCCAUCACACCAUCGACAUGAAACAGCUGACGCCCACGCCUACAGCUAUAUUAGAUUCCUUGUGCAAAGAGUUUCUUAACAUGAACGUGUCUGCAAUUUUAUACCUGAUGAACUACGAAAAAUAUGGUCGAAGUACAGCGUCAGCGCAGUAUUUUUUACAGCUAGCCGGAUACUUGGGAAUACCAGUAAUAGCAUGGAAUGCCGACAACUCAGGACUUGAACGGAGAGCUUCACGAUCAAGUCUACAACUUCAAUUAGCACCGUCGUUAGAACAUCAGACAGCUGCUAUGUUGAGUAUAUUGGAAAGGUAUAAGUGGCAUCAGUUUUCAGUUGUAACUUCACAAAUUGCCGGACAUGACGAUUUCAUUCAAGCAGUUAGAGAACGAGUUGCAGAUAUGCAAGACAAAUUUAAAUUUACAAUACUGAGUUCGGUGUUGGUCACCAAAAACUCAGACUUACAACAAUUAGUAACAUCAGAGUCACGAGUUAUGUUGUUAUACUGUACAAGGGAAGAAGCACUUAGAAUAUUACAGGCGGCAAGAAAUUUUAAAAUCACUGGUGAAAAUUAUGUAUGGGUAGUAACUCAGAGUGUGAUGGAAAAUCUACAAGCACCUCAAUUGUUUCCUGUCGGAAUGUUGGGAGUCCACUUUGAUACCAGUAGUGAAAGUUUAGUAAAAGAAAUCACGACAGCUAUAAGAGUAUUUGCACAUGGCGUAGAAGACUUCGUUAACGACCCCGAUAAUAUAAAUGAAACUCUUACAACGCAAUUGUCAUGUGAGGGUGAAGGUGAAUCACGUUGGGUCACCGGUGAAAAAUUUUACAAGUAUUUAAGAAACGUUAGUGUCGAACAUACAGAACCAGCCAAACCGAAAGUUGAGUUCACUCCUGAUGGUGUUCUAAAAUCUGCAGAAUUGAAAAUCAUGAAUUUAAGACCUGGAGUAGGAAACUCACUUGUUUGGGAAGAGAUUGGAGUUUGGAAAUCAUGGGAGCGUGAAGGCCUUUACAUUAAAGAUAUUGUAUGGCCAGGAGAUAGUCAUACUCCACCUCAAGGAGUACCAGAAAAGUUUAACUUAAGAAUUACAUUUUUGGAAGAAGCUCCUUAUAUAACACUUGCACCACCAGACCCAAUAACUGGAAAAUGUAGCAUGAAUAGGGGUGUUCGAUGCCGGAUCGCUAAAGAAAAAGAUACAGAAGGGUUAGUAGAUGAUGAAAUCAAACGUAACAGUAGUUAUUACCAAUGCUGUUCAGGAUUUUGUAUCGAUUUGUUAGAAAAAUUUGCUGAAGACUUGGGUUUUACAUAUGAACUUGUUAGGGUGGAAGACGGUAAAUGGGGAACUCUUGAAAAUGGAAAAUGGAAUGGUUUAAUAUCAGAAUUAGUAAAUAGAAAAACUGAUAUGGUGAUGACUUCAUUAAUGAUAAAUUCGGAUCGAGAAUCAGUAGUCGAUUUCAGUCUACCGUUUAUGGAGACUGGCAUAUCUAUAGCCGUUACCAAGCGAACUGGUAUCAUUUCACCUACAGCGUUUUUGGAACCAUUUGACACUGCGUCGUGGAUGUUGGUUGGAGUAGUUGCGAUACAAGCUGCCACAUUUUCAAUAUUUGCUUUCGAGUGGAUGAGUCCGUCUGGUUUUGAUAUGAAAUCCGUUUCACAAGCUCCAAAUCACAGAUUUUCACUAUUCAGAACAUACUGGCUUAUAUGGGCAGUGCUUUUUCAAGCAGCGGUACAAGUGGAUAUACCAAAGGGUAUAACAUCUAGGUUUAUGACAAAUAUAUGGGCUAUGUUUGCUGUAGUGUUUUUGGCUAUAUAUACUGCUAAUUUAGCUGCGUUCAUGAUUACUCGAGAAGAAUAUUAUGAUUUUAUUGGAAUCGAUGAUUAUAGACUCAGUAAACCUCAUAGCCACAAGCCUAUGUUUAAAUUCGGUACAGUGCCUCAUUCUCAUAUUGAUUCAACUAUUCAUAAAUACUUUCCAGAAAUGUUUGGUUACAUGAAAAGUUUUAAUAGAUCAACAGUACAAGAAGGACUUAGCUCAUUAUUAACUGCGGAACUUGAUGCUUUUAUCUAUGAUGGCACCGUACUUGACUAUUUGGUAACACAAGAUGAUGAUUGCCGUUUAUUAACCGUCGGUUCAUGGUAUGCAAAAACAGGUUAUGCUAUAGCAUUCCAAAGAAACUCAAAAUAUGUGCAAAUGUUUAAUAAGAGACUUCUAGAUUUUCGUGAAAAUGGUGAUCUUGAAAGAUUACAAAGAUUUUGGAUGACUGGCACAUGUAAACCAGAUGAUCACGAUCAGAAUGCUACUAGUGAUCCCUUAGCCUUAGAACAGUUUUUAUCGGCAUUUCUAUUGUUAAUGGGUGGUACAUUGUUGGCAGCUCUAAUAUUACUAUUGGAAUGUUUAUAUUUCAACUUCUUUAGAAAAAAGUUAGCAAAAACUGAUCAAGGAGGAUGUUGUGCUCUCAUAAGUUUGAGCAUGGGCAAAUCGUUAACAUUUCGUGGUGCUGUGUAUGAAGCUCAAGACUUUCUAAAGUUUCGUCGUUGUAAAGAUGCCGUUUGUGACUCACAAUAUCAGUUACUCAGAAAUCAGUUAAUGAGCACAUAUUCAAAAAUGAAACAGUUGGAAAAGGAGCUAGAGUUAAGAAAACUGAAGUCUGAAAAAAGGAGGAAGAAAGCGAUGUCACCUUCCGCUAGGCUAUUUCAGUGUAUCACUGAAAACCACGAUAAAUACCCGGAUAAAAAACAAUGUCAAUUUUCACCAGCAUCACCACUAAGACAACGUGACAUAGUGAGACCAAGUAUUAUUUCAACAGAAUACACAAAUAGAUAUGAUCAUGAACCGGUCAGAAAUCGCCGAAAUGGAGACAGUUCUGUGAUUUUGUUCGACGUGUAAUUUCAUCCACAAAAUAUCUGAUUUCAUUAAUAGAUUUAGAAUCAAUAUUGUGAAAUUAAAAUAAGGUUAUAUUUAAGUUUAUAAUGUAAGUAUUAAUAAUACUAUUAUUAUUUUGCGUCGUUGUCAAAAGCGUACGGAGAGAAAUAGAAACUGAAACUUUACAUUGAAAAAAAGCUCAAUAUCGAAAAAACUAAAUAGAAAUAAUAUUAUUUUUUAACCGUUUUCAAAAGACAAUAAUAUAAUACAAUAUAAUAUAAUAGUCAUUCAUUUAAUAUUCAUUUUGAAUGUUAUUCUCACUAUUAAUUUUUGUUCUUAUAUUUACUUAUUGAUAUAAUACAAUUCCUCUUUUACGUGUAUUAAAAACUAAGCCCUUUUCACAUAAUAUACACUAAUACACAUACAUUGAAUGAGAAGUAAACCAUUAUAGUCCAACUGCAAUUUUAUCACAAUAAUAAUAUAUUGAUCGCUCAACAUAACAUAAACAUCAUUUAUUUAAUGUUAAUUAUUGAUUACCUAUUUUGAGAUCGUAUAAUAUUGUAAAUUUAUUUAAAAUUCUUGUUCUAUUUCUCUAUUAAAUACUGUGUAAAUAUAUCUAUUAUUAACUAUAUAAGUUUAAAAUAUCAACUUUACUAUCAAACUAGUUAUUUCAUUAGAUAAAUACAACAACAAUAAAAACAUGAGUGAAAAUUAGUUGUUUAUAAUAAUACAAUAUUAUAAUACAAAUGUGUACUUAUGUAUAAUUAUUUAUUUUAUACUAUUUUAUUUAAAGUAUUUAAAUAAAAAUAUUAAUUAAUAAAAACCAGUAACAUGUUCUGUAGUUAGGCUUUAAUGAAAAGCAAUUAAUAUGAAUAAGUAUUUAGUUUCCAACAAAUGACAUCUUUAAUAUAAUAUAUUAUGCAAAAACAAGUGCGUAUUAUUUAACUAAAUUCCUAGAUAUUUAGAGUAUUUUUUUAUUUUUAACGCUUACGUAAAACUAAAAAGAGAUUGUUGUUUGUUGAGUAUUUGAAACAUUUAACAGUGCAUAUUACUAUAAUUAUUCCAAUUAAAAAUAUUAUGAAUAAAGUUUUCAAUAUACAUUAAAACUUCAUUUUAUUUAAAGUUGAGAUACAUAAUAUAUUUAAUUAUAAUAUGUCAUGUGUAUAUAAUAAUGGCUAUUAAUCUUUUAGCUUCUAAAUUGUUUAAUUUAAUUGAUUAAUAUAAGUUUAUUAUUGUCUAAUUAUAUUAAAUAUGUGUUAUGAAAAAAAAUGAAUAAAACAGAUUGAUUUGAAAAAAUAUCAACACUCAAAAAAAAAAAUAUGAUAUUAUUAUUAAGAAUAACAUUUGUAUAUUAUAUCAAUUGAAAUGAGUAAGUAUAUAAUAUUAUAUCCACUACAUUUUUUAAAUAUUAUACUAAUCAAUAUUAUAAAUUUAUAACCAACACAUAAAAUUGUAGUGAAAAAAGUUAAAUGUCCAAUUUUAUUUUCAUUAAUAAAUUAUAGCGACUUAGCUUAAAGCAAAUUUUAGUUUUUUGUUUGUAUACAAAUAUCUGCUGGUGCUUUUAAAUAAUACCAAUUUUUAUAAAAGUAUAAUAUUAUACCAAUAUUAUGUUGUUGUUUAUUUUAACUCUAAAAAAAAAAAAAUAAAAAUAAACAUAUAUUCACAUAAAAUUAUAUAAUAUGCGUAUAAUUUAAAUAUGUAGUAAAAUUGUUAAUUAUUAUGUGCAACUUAGUAAUAUAUAGAAGUUCUACACAAAAAUG